AUGCUCCGCUGCAGGUCUGUUCAACAGAACCGGGCUAACUACCCACAGGAUUAAGCUAGUUAGCUACUGUACGAUGCGAUCACCAGAAGCAGAGGAUGGAAUAGCAGCAUCCCGGUGUCCCCGAUUCACAGCCCGGACUGUCGCUUUCGGGAUGCUUUCUCUGCGGUUGUAACCAUCCUCUUCAUCCAUGCGCCCCCCCGCGCUGCUGUGGGGAGUUUGAGCUCUGAGUGGCGGGCAAGCUGAGUCCCCAACACGGAGGAAACCCUGCAGAGGAGCAGCAUGGUGGUCCCACACAGUUCCGCUGUAGUUCCGGAACCAAUCGGCGGCCCCACGGAGAGCCCCGACCCCCUGUGUGAGGAAGCCGGGGACAGGGGUCAGGAGCUGGCCGGGGUGGAGCUGGAGGAGGUCCGAAAGCUGCAGGAGCUCGUUCGCAGGCUGGAGGUCCAAAACGAGACGCUGCGCAACAGGGGGGGCAGGACUGCUAUCUCCAGAGGAGACAACAGCAACCUGAGCGCUGCUGACAAUGUCAACAACAGGCUGACCUGUGAUCAGCUCAGGCUGGACCACAGUGGAGAACCGGGGAGCUCCAGGGAGCUGUCCCCCCCUCAGGACAACAACAGCAGCAGUGGGGAGGACAUGUCCCCCCUUCCCAUGCUCAACAGGUCAGGAGAAGAUGAUGAGGAGAGGGUGGGAGAGGAAGAUCUCGAUCAGUGUGGAGGUUUUCUCACUCUGACAUGUAGAAACACAGGAAAACAGCCUCCAAGGCAAAGCCAGACCCCUGAGAGCCCCUCUCAGGAGAGCUACGAGUCAGAGACCCUCACAGAGAGUGACUCAGGUGUGGACCAGACUGCGCUGGAUGAGGUGGAUGUCCUAGAUCUGGAAGAUGAGAGCGGGGAGGUAGAGGACGAGGACAGUUGGUUGUAUGUUUCUCCUAGAAAGCAAGUGGCAGAGCAAGGUCCAGACUCGCCGCUGAAGUGGUGUCGCCAGGCCCUCGACCAUCGCAGCCCGGAGACGGAAAUGGCUUGUCGGACACUGAUAAAUCGUUUGGACCAGACGUCUCGAUGGAGAAACGUGUACUGCAGCCCGUCAGAGGCAGGCUCGGCCAGCUCUGGCCUGAUCUCUCCUGGGUACCAAAAAUCAACUAACAAAUCCGUACUAACCUGUGGCGGCUCAGGUGUCCCAAACAUGCAUUCAGCCCUGAGCUCCCAGUCCUCCAUAGACAGCGAGCUCAGUACCUCAGAUGACUCCAUUUCUAUGGGCUACAAGCUACAGGAUCUCACCGACGUGCAGAUCAUGGCGCGUCUUCAGGAAGAGAGUCUUAGGCAGGAUUAUGCUUCCAGCUCAGCUUCUGCGUCCCGCCGCAGCUCCACAACGUCUCUGCAGUCCCUGCGCCGUGGCGGUACGUACAGCGACCAGGAGUUUGACACAUACAGCCUGGAAGACGAAGAGGACGAACUCUCGUCGGCUCCCCAGCGCCGUCAUCGCUUCACACCAUCGCCGCUGGGCUCCCCUCGCUGCCUCUCUCCUUCCACCUCCAACCACGGGCAGGAGUACGGUAGCCGACUAGGGGCGCCACGAGCAAGAACGCCCAGACGCUCUCUGCAGGGUCCCAGCGCAGAGCUGCUCAAAUUUGCUAAAAGUGAAGAGGAGUUGAGACACAGCAUGCCUAACCUGGCUCCCCGUACCAGCCUACGUUCCCUGGAAGCGGUCAGGAACAGCCGCAGCAUGGAGGCUAACCUCCAGAGCUCUGGCAACCGCAUGUCCCACCUGACCCGCUCCCCCUCCACAGGUAUGGCCUGCAGUCGCCUGCGGAGCAACGGUCAGUCUCCGCUCACGUUGCGAACUCCUGUCAAAGCCGUAAACCCGGUAGGCUCCAUACCAGCUGGUCGUCAGUCUUCCAGAGGUCUCCCAGUUAUCCAGUCGCAUCCUACGACAGUUGGUCGCAGGGUGCAGUCUUCGGGCUCUGUGAACGGAGGUGGCUACGUACCUGGAAGGGCCUCCGUCGGGGGAGGAAGGCCUGCGUCGGAGCGUGGUCAGGCUGCCUCAUCUGCCGGCACAAGAAGCAAACUCUCACAGCCUUCCAGGAGGUAUUUAGGCAUGACUAAAAUCUCAGAUGAAUCUUGGAAAGAUGGCUGCUACUGAGUUCCCCCUGAAACACUGACCUGUCCUUCUCUUAUAUGAAGAAACUCAACCACUGUGUCCCUAAGAGUGUCACAGAACCUCUCAGUCCCUUUUUUCAGGCUGGAUCCCUGGGCUGCACUGGAGUCCUUGUUAAUCUCCUCCCUUUGCAUGAUACAUUGUCAACCCACACAAGGAGAGGAUGUGUAGGAAGACGUGGAGCUGCACAGGCACACUCUGUUAGUUACGUGGACCAACUCUGGAUUUCCUAAAAAUAUAUAUAUAUAAAUAUAGAUACACAUGUUUGUGUCAAUUAAACAUAUUUUUCUAUGGUGAUUUUGAGAAGCUGUUGGUAUUUUAGGGGUCAUUUUUCUGCACUGUUGCUGUAAUUGAUAUGAAGGCAAAAAAAACAAAAAUGAAGAUUUUGCUGGUUUGUACAUUUGAAUACCUAGAUGGAAGUUUAAAGCAUUGCAUGCUGGGUUUUGUUGUUUUCCCCUUGCUCCAUAAGCCUUUUCUCAUCGUCGUCUUAACUGCUGUGUGACAAAUCUUCCACGUUUCCCAAUGCUGAUCUGUGGAGACUAAAUGUUUGAGUGAAACAUUGUGAAUUGUGUAGUGUUUGUGUUCUGUUACAUGCCUACACACAGCAGCGCAACUCUUGUAAACCACACUGCCCUUAUUAAUUAUUCCUGAAAAGAAGUACAGUUUGUGCCAAGGUGCGUAACGGCUGCGACUCUUCUCUUAAGAACUCUAAAAAGCUGAAGGUACUGAACAUGUCGUCACAGGGAUCUUUGCGGCAUAUCUGAAGGUGGAAUAAAGGCCUCUGAUUUUUUUGUGAAAACACUGCAUUCAAGAAAACGAUUAUGCACAGAGGCCUUGUGCCUUAUUCAGCUAUGCACCUUCAUGAAGAGUGCCUCUGAAAUUCAGGAGCUGUGAUUUAAAAAAAGAUGACAAUAAAAUCUACCCUGAA